AGUCAAUGGUGCUCAAAAUGUUGUGUGUUAACCUUAGGUGGAUGUUUAUGGUGCUAUAGCUACUUGGUUGUUUCAAAGACCAGUAGGUUAUCUUCGCCAUUGUUCCUUAUAAGUUAUAAUCUAGUUUUCACGCCUAUUGUGAAAAAUUAAUGCUGUGAAAAUUUGGAGCUUAAAAUAAAGCAAUCCACUUACUAUGUCAGCUUAUUACACCAGUCCUCUUGAUUAGUUCAUACUAGAGAACACCACAUAUGAGGUUACUAGAUACUAAAUUGUCAAACUUGAUUUGAUGAAGCUUUUGUUUUAUGGAUAAGGGUGAUAUAAGUUUCAUUUUUUUUUUUUUUGUAAUUAAGGUACUAUUUAAGGGAUUCGAACCUGAAACCUCCAAAUUCUAGACUAGUGGUAUUACCACUAGGCCAAGCCGUUGUUCGUUUGAUUUGAUGAAGCUUUUCAUUAGUUGGACCGAAAAAGAGAAAGAGAAGAAUAGGGAUGACAAAAAUAUCUGUAACCGUGGAUAUCCGCCCGAAUCCGACUUGAUUGUUUAGGGUAAAACCCGAACACGAAGGACUUUUAGUGGGUACGGGUAAAACUUGAACCCGAAUAUUACGAGUAAUGGGUGGGGAUGAUUUUCUCACUAUCGAAUCUGAACCCGCCCAAUUAUACACAUGCAUAUGUAUUUUGUCUAAAAAUAAUCAAUAUUUUUCUCUAAAAUAUUUUAUAUUUAGCAUGUAAAUAUAAUACUUUUAUGAAAUUAUGUUGUUUUAAUUAAUUUUCUUCAUUCUAGUGAAUUAUUGUUGUACUUUUCGUCUUACAUAACGUGAGAAUACGUGUGAAUAUUAACAUAUUGAUUAGAGUUAUAAAAUGAAACUAUUACCCUUGGAUAACCAUGGAUACCCGAAACCCGAACGAGUAUGGGCAUGAUUUGGAUUUUCUACCCAUUUCUUAUGUGGGUAUGGGUAAAACCCGAACUACUUUGGGUAGGUAACGAAUAUGCACUAUCCGUCCCCGACCCAUUGUCAUCCCUAGAGAAGAAGCUUUUUGGUCCAGCUCUUUCUCUAAGUUAUUUGGCCAUUAUUUUCUACAAGUAUACUUGAUUGACGAUGUUGACUUUUGUUUUUAUGUUUUGCAGAUCAUUGGUUUUCAACCCGGAGAUUCAUAGUGAAGACUCCCUGUUUCCGACGAGGAAAAUCUAGUGUUUGAUAUUAAUGAUUUGCACCUUGACUUCUUGAACAAUAGUUAAUAACACGGUUCACACCUCUCCAAACAAUGUUAUAACGAGGGUGUUUGAUGAUUUGGAUGGUUUUUCGGAACAAGCUAAGUUACUUUACUUCUACUCCUAUGGAGGUCUUGUGAGAGCUCCAUAAACUAAACUACGACUAUGGCUACAUUGCAGUGGAAAAGAUAAAGUUUGACAUGUGGUGUCAAAUGUUUGGUUGUGAAACCCUUGCUUCGUUUUCGCACCUAUUGCCAUUACUAGUAACCAUUGUGUAACCGCCUCUUGGUAACCGCUGCUCCACUGCUUGGUGCCUGAUGUAGCUUGCUUGAUGGCUUACCUGCCUUGCGUGCUUGUCACUUGAUAACUUGCACCUUGAUGACUUCACUUGAUAGCUAGCCCCUUGUGCCAUGGAAGUGUCUUGCUUGGUUAGCGAGGUCCUUGUGCCAUGCGUGCUUGCCACUUGAUAACUUGCACCUUGAUGACUUCACUUGAUAGCUAGCCCCUUGUGCCAUGGAAGUGUCUUGCUUGGUUAGCGAGGUCCUUGUGCCAUGGAGGUGUCUUGCUUGGUUAGCGAGGUCUUCACGCAAGGUGGUCUACCAUGUGAUGAUGUUACAUGACUGACAGCCUAACACUUAGAAACUUGAUGACCUUGUUUACUAUUUACUAGGUACCAUGCAUUGACUACCCAUGAAGCCUAGCAUGCCCGACUACUUUGCACUCUGCCCUGCUUGGGUACUUGUUCGUGGUUGGGUCUCUACUCUCAACAAUUAGCCAAAUUUCUCUUAGUCGAAUUUCUCAAACAUACUUGACAAUCGAGUAUGUAAACGGCUUGGUAGGUGGGUGCUUAGCUGGUUGGUAUUGAGGAGGUGAGUAUCGAGGUUGGCCUUAUAAGAUCUGGAUAGCUCAAAAGUCCAUCACUUAGACCCAACUUAAAUCACUUAAUUAAUAUAGUUAAGUUUCCUUAUACACCAAUAUCAAUUCUUGAAAAUAAUCAAUGUGGUAUCAAGUUUUUUUUUUUUUUUUUUUGUGAUAAACACCCCUAAUAUUCAUACGCCUAACACCCCCAAGUGGCCUGUAUCAUACUACACGGAAUAAACAUGAGCUCUUUGCCUUGGAACUAUUUCAUCAUUACUUCGUAAAGAUUUGUGUCAUAAACAAUUGCUUUGCUUUCUCCAUAUUAAUGUAAAAGUUUUUGCCUCCUUUGGUUUAACUUAAUUGGAAUGAUUUGGUUGGAUUGGAAAACAAUUGUCCAAGUCAAUAAAGCGACGCGGGGAAGAGAAAGACUUGACUGAGAACUGAGAGGUGCAAGUUUUGGGUCUUAUUGUCCUCCAUUUUGGACCAUUCCCACAACACCAUCCAUCGUUUUCCCAACCAUUUCUUCUCGCCAUUUUCCUUUUCCCCAACUUAGGAUGAAAACGAGUGGGAUCCGAGAUAGAUAGUGAGCAUGUAUUAUCCUAUAUAAUUAGUUCGGAGUUUAUCUAUAUUCAUAGGUAUAUAAGAUUCUCAUAGUAAAUAAAUUCAUAUUCGUACUCAAUUAAAUAUCGGGUAUUUAUGGAUAUCUAUAUAUAAAAAAAUUUCUUUUAUCAUUUUAACUAUUGUAUUACUAAUCACAAUUAUAUUAAAGUUACAUAAGUGAAAAAUGAUGAGAAUUAAAAAAAAAGGAAUACUAGUUUAUGAGAUGCUCCGAAUACACUAGAACACCAAAUAUGUUAAAUUAAAAAAAUGAAGAUUUAUAUAAAAUAUUGUAUAUACAUGGAUGGUUCGGAUUGGAUAGUGAUAAAACCAUACCCGCACUAUUACACAUGAUGUUCUGCUUCGGAUUUUGUCCAUACUAUUAGGCAUUUUAUUUAGUUCAUGUUUUACUCUGCCGGAUCAGGUCGGAUUAGUAUGCGUUAUUGACUAAUUAUGAGUAUUUUAUUUUUUCCAUCUCUGCCCCAAUUACCUAUACUACUACAUAAAGCUGGGGAAAAAGGGCAGUUGCUGAACAAAAAGCUUCUACUCGUCGGGGCAGCCGGCAACAGUACAAAGGCAUUAGUUCCUACAGUGUCGACUAUACUUUUUGUGGACUUCCUUCCUAGUUGGCCAUUAUGUUUCCUCUUUUAAUGACGACUUAAUCCAUCUUAUUCGUCAAGACAAGGACAAAGACACCUACAAGAAAGACCCAUCACCCAUUUACUAAACCUAAAUUUCCAUCCAUUUGAAAAGAUUGGGAGAUGUUGAAGUCUCAACUUAUUACAGCGAUCAACUCAACUCAAAGUUGAAAGUUGCAGUGGUGUGUAAUUGUCUAGUUCGACAUGAAAGAGAUUUCGUGUUGACAUCUGAUGUUCGCAUUGCGCGAUGUUACAUUUUUUUGUGCGAGACAUUGAAAUGGUUCGAGUUAAACUGAGUUAGGUGUACUUGGCCCGGUGGGGGGUUUUCAAUUAGUUGUUAAAUAAGAUACUAGUUCUAGUCAAUAUUGGAGCUUCUCAUCACAAAAGAAAAAAAAAGAAAGAAAUUUCUAAUAAUAUUUACUCAAUUCUAUUACUUCAGAUGAAAACCCUUAUUUACAAAAAGAGAGUAGAGAUAUAUGAGCAACAGAUCUACAUAAAACGAACCAACAAAUGACACGAAUGUAGGAAUGGAAUGAAAAUGGGGCAGGUCGGGUUGGCCGGUAUCUCGAUACCUAUACCCGUUCUUUGGUUGUGAGAGGUUGGGUUAAGUUCGGGUAAUUUAUUAUGGGACAUCGGUCAGGGCUUGUCGACUCAUAGUCAUAUGAGUAUGUAAUUUAAAGGAAAAAUAUUAGAACUAUUCACGUUUUAAUUAAAAAGAUAAAGAAACAAACUAUAACAUGAUAAAUUAUUCGAGAAAUUGAGGCUGUCAUAGUUAAAUUACUCGAGAAGUUGAUGUAAUAAAAGCAAAAUCCUAAAUAAUUUGAGUAAAGUUAUAUAUAAUUUAGAAAAAUUGGGUCGAUAAUGGAACGGACGGGCGAGUCAGGGUAGGUGAAGGAGAUUGCCCAUGCCCGCCCAAAACAAGUGAAAUAGGUGAGGUAAAAUGGCUGGUCACCUCGAAUUUGUCAUCUCUACACGAAUAUACUAAGAAAUUCAUCAUUAUAAUAUUUGAAUUUAAUAUUUACUCUAAUUAUUUUUAUGAUGCAAUUUUAAAUUGGAGAGUUCCAUAAUCAAUUUGGUAAUGAACAGUAGUUUAUAUUUGUAGAAAAACGAAAAGUAACAAGUAAUGGUCCCGUAGCUCAGUUGGUUAGAGCGUUGGUCUUAUGAGCCGAAGGUCGCGGGUUCGGUCCCCGCCGGGACCAAAAAUUCGAAUUUUAAUCGAUGCAUAUUUAAGAAGCUUGCCCUGAAAAAAAAAAAAAAAAAAGAGGAGCUUGCCGUUUCGAACCAUGCGCUGGACAAGUAUCUUUUUAUUUAAAAUCCCACCAAAGUUGUAAUCUCGAAUGGAAACAUGUUGAUCAAAUAAUCAGCUUCUCAAUAAAAUAUGAUCUAUAUAUCUUUCUAAUAUCAUUUUAAAAUUAUUGUGAGCUCCAAUUUACGUAAUCUUUUAAUGUAGAUAUCUUUGUAAUCUAAUAUUACGUAAUCUUUUUCUAUAUAUCUUUCUAAUCACACAUUUGAAUAAUUUCAUCUAGACAUUUACCUCUAGUAAAAAUAUUGCAAGAUCAACUCACCCCUUCACUUCUUUUCAAUGAUAUAUUCAAACACACACAUCUACUAUGUACUCAAUUGUUUUUGUUGACAACUUCACCGAUGUGCAUCUACUUCUAAAAUACUAGACCACUCUUUGAAGUAUUCAAAUGAUACCAAAUUUUAAUAUGAAAAAAAUAGUAACCUAUCGUUGAGCAUAUGAGGAAUAUCUAAUAUUUAUAAUCUUGAAAAUUAAUUGGUAGAUGAUUCUUAUUGAUAAUGAACCGUUGAACCACGACCAACUCAUGAUUUCAACAUAAAAUAACUUGCCGCUAACUUUUACAGUUUCCGGCACGGUUUUACAAUCAUGGAGAAAAUUCUCCCAACACUGAAAACUGAGAGGAGCACGACUCGUGAUUUUUUUUCAAGGAAAGGAUAUUACGUCUCAUUCCCAUAUCCAAAGCCAGAAGAAAGUAAAGGACUAGUUUGACCCUGUUGUAGUUUUUGUAGAAGCAGCUUCUGGCUAAAGCUUAUAAAAAAAAGUAUUUUUCAAAAAAAGCAGUUGAGUGUUUGAAUUUAUAACAUAACGUCAAAUGUACAUGCUCAUUUAGCCCAGGACAUACAGAGACCACACACAAGUUCAUUUAGCCGAGCUCAUCUACUAUGCUGCGAAACAUUGAAUUUAUAACACAACGUCAAAUAUACAUGUUCAAUUUGUAUCAUUAAGCUUUUGUACCUAAAAAUAUAAAAUAUAAAAUAAAUGUUGGUUUGUGAUUGUGAGUCGGUCUACUCUAGCAAAGGCCGUAUAAAAUUGACCUAUGAUUGCAUCAGCAGGAUGACAACUGCCAAUUGGACUUGUUUCGCGCGAUUGGAUCUUUCGCUUUGUUCCCUUUUCCCUCCUCUUUAAAGAUCGUCAAUUUUAGUAUAAAAAAGAUGAUCAGUUUUGUAUCUAGUUGAGUAUAUUAUUAUAUUAACUUAAUGACCUUUCAUUUUUAAUACAUUUGGGCGCGACACAUUUUUCUUAUUUUGGCUGUAUUUCUGAUUAAAACUAAAGUAGAAUUAUAAGAUAUAAAAUUAUAAUCAAUCAAACAAGUUAUAAUCUCAAUUUUAAAUGAUUCCAUAUAUUUUACUCGUAAACAUGUACUUAUAACAAUUCUUAGCUAACAUUUUCAGAAGUGCUUAAAAUACAAGCACUUGCAACCAAUUUGAAUUUUCAUGCAAGCUUACAUAUUUUCUUGUACGUUAUUAUUAUAUAAUUGAAGAUUAAAAUAAUUUUAGUACGUAUUAAGCUAAUUCAACAAAGUUAAAUAACGCAAAUUAACCAACAUUGCGUAAAGGAAAAGUGAAUCUCUGUGUGUAUCUCCCGAAUCCGUCUGAAAUCCCAGCAUUAAUUUAAAUUUAAUUAAAAGGUCAAAUAUUUUAUUUUUUUAAUGGUUAAAGGCCAAAAAAUCAAAUAUCGUAGAAAAGGGGAAAAAUACAUAAUAAUUGAGCUGGGAGACCUGAGAGGAGGAAUGGAUUUGGACAGUGUAAAAGCAGAGCGAGAGAGAGAGCGAGAGAGAGAGAGUCCACAUUCACAAAUCACAACUGGCCAGCUGCUGCCAAAUGCCAAUUCCCUCCCUUUCCCUUUCCAUUUCUGAUUUUUUAUUUUAAUUUUAAUUUUGCGUCCUUUUUUGACAACAAAUCAUAAUAUAUUUUUUUGUUUCAAAAAACAGAAUUUCCCGAAAUAAAUUCCUUCCUGUCCAAAAAUCAGUUUCCCGACCACCGCCCGCACUACAACACACACAAAAUUCAAUUACCGCCCUCCCAUUCCUUUCAAUCUCUUCCCCUUCUUCUUCUUCUUCCUCCACAGUUCAUCAUUAAUGGCGAUCUCAUCGCCGUCGUCACUCUCUCCGCCGCCGUCGUCUUCUUCCUCCUCCUCCUCAUCGACCACGUCAAUUCCUCAAUCGCGAUUGCCAUCUCCGGCUCCUUCACCCCUAAUUAAAUAACAAACAACCACAAAUACAGCACUACGUACCCCCAUCUCUAUAUUAAUUGCUCCCAAUUUUGUUCUGCCCUUUCUCUUCCUCUUCGUCUUCUUCUCCUGUUCUGCACAGCAGCUCUGUAAUCUUCCAUUUCAUUUGUCAUUUAUAUAUGGGACACCACCCUCAUUCCCACGCACAUCAGCACAACACCAGCGAUGGCGUCUCGCAGCGAGUCAAUAGCCCUCGCUUCACGGGCUCCAUGACUCGCCGGGCCACUUCCUUCAAGCGCAACCCCAACGCCACCACCAACGCCGCCCCCGCAGCCGCUGUCUCCGCCGCCGGUAAUGCGACGGGCGCCGCGGGCAACGGCGGCGGUGGCAGCGCUGCUCAGACGGCAAGCAACAGCACGGCCAACAGCGCCGGGGCCAGUCCCAGGUUCGGCUCCGGGGGGGACGAGAUUGAUCUCCAGAUCACCUCGCCUAGAUCUGAAGUCGUCGUCGUGGACGGUUUCGAUCGCCAGCACCUCGUCCAGAGAGUACACGCCGGUGUCGCCAGGAGUAGUAAGAAGGGCGGCGGGGGAAUCGGAUCCGUCGUACGGGAUUUUGGCUUCCGGGAGCGGAAGAAGCUCGGGCAGUGGAUGUUCUUUGUCUUCUGCGGCGUUUGUUUGUUUCUAGGCGUGUUUAAGAUUUGCGCCGGCGGCUGGUUUGGAUCUGCGAUCGACGGCUCCACCUACCAUAAGGAUUUGCCUGAUUCUGUCACCCAAGUAGACUUGGAUGAGAGCUCCCACAUUUCUGACACUUUCGAGUAUAAAGACAAUGGCGAUGGAGAUAGAAAUCUGAAGGCGGUCACUGCAGGCGUAUCUCUUGGUGAUGAUGCCAAGGUGGAAGAUGUGGAUCGAAAUCUAAAAAUGGUGACCGCUGGACUAGCUAACAGUAUUGGUGGCAAGGUUGAGUUGUCAGGUAUCUGGGCAAGACCUGACAGUGAUAAUUUCACCCACUGCAUUGACUUACCAAGAAGUCAUAAAAAGCUAGAUGCAAAAACAAAUGGUUAUAUCCUCAUAAAUGCUAAUGGUGGCUUAAAUCAGAUGAGAUUUGGGAUCUGUGACAUGGUUGCUGUGGCUAAGAUUAUGAAGGCAACACUGGUCCUUCCCUCUCUUGAUCAUACCUCGUAUUGGGCCGAUGACAGUGACUUCAAGGAUCUGUUCAACUGGCAACAUUUCAUUGAGACACUACAGGAUGAAGUACACAUAGUUGAGACUUUACCAGCACCUUAUUCAGGAGUGGAGCCUUUUAUGAAAACACCAAUAUCUUGGUCUAAGGUUACUUAUUAUAAAACCGACGUCUUGCCAUUGCUGAAGCAGCACAGAGUAGUCUACUUUACGCACACUGAUUCUCGGAUUGCAAACAAUGGUAUCCCGGAUUCAAUCCAAAAACUAAGAUGUCGUGUGAAUUAUAGGGCAUUGAAAUAUGCCAAACCAAUAGAAGAACUUGGAAACUUGCUGGUGGCAAGAAUGAGAGGAAAUGGCAAUCCUUACCUUGCACUUCAUUUGAGGUAUGAGAAGGAUAUGCUUGCAUUUACUGGCUGCAGUCACAGUUUAAGUGCAGAAGAGGACGAGGAGCUACGCAUCAUGCGUUAUGAAGUGAAUCAUUGGAAGGAGAAAGAGAUAAAUGGGACAGAAAGAAGGUUGCAAGGUGGUUGUCCAUUGACUCCUAGGGAGACUUCUCUACUGUUGAGAGCACUGGGUUUUCCUUCCAGCACUAGGAUUUACUUGGUAGCUGGCGAGGCCUAUGGGAAUGGGAGCAUGCAGUAUCUCGAGGACGACUUCCCGAACAUCUUCUCGCAUUCAUCUCUUGCUACAGAAGAGGAGCUGGAACCUUUCAAGAAUCAUCAGAACAUGUUGGCUGGUAUAGACUAUGUUGUUGCACUUCAGAGUGAUGUGUUUGUGUAUACAUAUGAUGGAAAUAUGGCUAAGGCAGUUCAGGGGCACCGUCGAUUUGAGAACUUCAAGAAGACCAUCAACCCCGACAAGAUGAACUUUGUGAAACUUGUGGAUGAGCUAGACGAGGGGACAUUGUCAUGGAAGAGGUUCAGUUCCAAAGUGAAAAAGCUUCACCGGGAUCGUGAUGGAGGGCCAUACUAUAGGGAGGUAGGAGAGUUUCCGAAGCUGGAAGAGAGUUUCUAUGCAAAUCCUCUACCAGGGUGCAUAUGUGAAAAGGGAAGGAGAAAGUAAAACCAGAAGUCAGAGGCAGAGAGAAAGCUCUCCCCCCCUUUUUUCACUCUCCAACAGGUUGCGCCCAACUCCAGAAGCCUGACUUUGAGGAGAGGUAUGGUGCUGCCUGCCAUUCUUCCACAAGUAUUAAGUCGGAAACUGGCGUUUGUACAUCUCGUCGUCGACCUUUUUAAGAACUGUUUCUACUUGAUAGGAGAGAACCUGGAAACAUUCAACAGCAAGAAAGAAAAGUGCAUAGCUGAAGGAAUGGAGGAGGGAACCAUUGGCAUUGAUUGUAGUCAUAGCUCCACAACUUUAUUUUUUUGUGUGUGUACAAAACACAACACCGACACGAAUACUAAUGUAUGUAGCCACCGAGGGAUAUGGAAAAGCUGUAAAAUGUCGGCUCAAUUGGGGCUGAACAGGGUUGGUUUGCACUUAAAAAGCGGCUCCAGAUUUGUUGGAGCUACCAUAUACACAUUGGAUGAUGGCUUAGUGAGUAGAGUUUAUAUUCAUUCUUGGAUGUCAAUAAAACCUUAAACAGGAC